GGCGCACUUGGACUUCCCUCUCCAUUCGCCAGCCGCCUCUCUCCGGGUCCCCACCGCUGCGAACUGAUCUGGCGCGGGGGGGUGGGCAGGAGGAGGAGAAGAGCGCAGGCAAAGGAGAAGGCGAGAGAGCCAGAGAGCCAGAGGCUGAGGGAGUAGUGGCCACCUUCUGGAGCCGGGAUUCAUGCCUGUCCUCGGGACCAGCCAAGGGGACUUUAAGGCUGAGUAUGAGCCAGGCUGCUAGGAGCCAGGUACCCCCACGCCUGCAGUCCCCGCGCCGUCCCCGGUAUGCGAGCUGGACGCAGGGCUCUUCCAAGUUCCCACCGAGCCGAAUAAAAAGCGUCCUUCCGCUGCUCUCCGCCAAAGACGGACAUUGACUCCAGGACUCCACAGAAUGGAGCAAGAAUGAGAGGAAAAAGGCCGGCAGAAAAGCAUGAACUGGAGGUUUGUUGAGCUCCUCUACUUCCUGUUUGUAUGGGGCCGUAUCUCGGUGCAGCCCUCCCUCCAGGAGCCAGCUGGGACAGACCAACAUGUCUCCAAGGAAUUUGAUUGGCUUAUUUCAGACAGGGGGCCUUUCCACCACUCCAGGAGCUACCUAUCCUUUGUGGAAAGACACCGGCAAGGAUUUACAACCAGAUAUAAAAUAUACAGGGAGUUUGCCCGUUGGAAGGUGAGGAACACAGCCAUAGAAAGGAGAGACCUGGUCCGUCAUCCAGUGCCCCUCAUGCCGGAGUUUCAAAGGAGCAUCCGUCUGCUUGGCAGGAGACCCACCACUCAGCAGUUCAUUGAUACCAUCAUCAAAAAGUACGGCACCCACCUGCUCAUCUCUGCGACUUUGGGAGGAGAGGAAGCUUUGACCAUGUAUAUGGACAAAAGUCGCCUCGACCGGAAGUCAGGGAACGCUACCCAAAGUGUUGAAGCUUUGCACCAGCUUGCAUCAUCUUACUUUGUUGACCGUGAUGGCACCAUGAGAAGGCUCCAUGAGAUCCAGAUUUCAACUGGAGCAAUCAAGGUCACAGAGACACGCACUGGACCUCUGGGCUGUAACAGCUAUGAUAAUCUGGACUCUGUGAGUUCUGUCCUUCUGCAAAGCACAGAGAGUAAACUACACCUUCAAGGUCUUCAGAUAAUCUUCCCACAGUAUCUGCAAGAGAAGUUUGUUCAGUCGGCCUUGAGUUACAUCAUGUGCAAUGGCGAGGGAGAGUAUGUGUGUCAGAACAGCCAGUGUCGCUGCCAGUGUGCGGAGGAGUUCCCGCAGUGCAACUGCCCCAUCACCGACAUCCAGAUCAUGGAAUUUACACUGGCUAACAUGGCCAAGGCCUGGACUGAAGCUUAUAAGGACCUGGAGAAUUCAGAUGAGUUUAAGUCAUUUAUGAAACGUCUCCCAAGCAACCACUUCCUGACCAUUGGCAGCAUCCACCAGCACUGGGGCAAUGACUGGGACCUGCAGAGUCGUUACAAGCUCCUGCAGAGUGCCACUGAGGCUCAGAGACAGAAAAUCCAGAGGACCGCCCGCAAGCUCUUUGGUCUCAGCGUUCGCUGCCGCCACAAUCCCAACCACCAGCUGCCUAGAGAGAGGACAAUUCAACAGUGGCUUGCAAGGGUCCAGUCACUUCUCUACUGCAAUGAGAAUGGGUUUUGGGGAACCUUCCUGGAAAGUCAGAGGAGCUGUGUGUGCCAUGGUAGCACCACACUGUGCCAGCGCCCUAUCCCAUGCAUCAUAGGUGGGAACAACAGCUGUGCCAUGUGCAGCCUGGCCAACAUCUCACUCUGUGGCUCCUGCAAUAAGGGCUACAAGUUGUACAGAGGCCGCUGUGAACCACAAAACGUGGACUCUGAGCGGAGUGAGCAGUUCAUCAGCUUUGAGACCGACCUGGACUUCCAGGACUUGGAACUGAAGUACUUGUUACAGAAGAUGGAUUCACGCCUCUAUGUCCAUACUACCUUCAUCAGCAAUGAGAUUCGUCUGGAUACAUUCUUUGACCCUCGGUGGCGCAAGCGCAUGUCCCUCACUCUCAAAAGCAACAAGAACCGUAUGGACUUUAUCCACAUGGUGAUCGGCAUGUCCAUGCGUAUCUGCCAGAUGCGCAACAGCAGCCUGGACCCUAUGUUCUUUGUCUAUGUCAAUCCCUUCAGUGGGAGCCAUUCAGAAGGCUGGAACAUGCCCUUUGGGGAAUUUGGCUACCCACGUUGGGAGAAGAUCCGUCUGCAAAACAGCCAGUGCUACAAUUGGACUCUCUUGCUGGGCAAUCGAUGGAAAACUUUUUUCGAGACUGUCCAUAUCUACCUACGUAGUCGGACUCGGCUACCCACCCUACGCAAUGAGACUGGCCAGGGCCCGGUGGACCUGUCAGAUCCCUCCAAAAGGCAGUUCUACAUCAAGAUCUCCGAUGUGCAGGUGUUCGGAUACAGCCUGAGGUUCAAUGCUGACCUCCUACGAAGUGCCGUGCAACAGGUGAAUCAAUCCUAUACACAGGGUGGUCAGUUCUAUUCCUCCUCAUCUGUGAUGCUUCUCAUGUUGGACAUUCGGGACCGAAUUAACCGCCUGGCCCCUCCUGUGGCCCCAGGAAAACCCCAGCUGGACUUGUUUUCCUGUAUGCUGAAGCACCGCCUGAAGCUGACCAACAGCGAGAUUAUCAGGGUGAACCAUGCCUUGGACCUCUACAACACUGAGAUCCUCAAACAGUCUGACCAGAUGACAGCCAAACUCUGCUAACCCGGGACCCUUUGCCAUGGACUUUCCCUUCUGUUGUCCAACUACAACAGAACAAAACAAAGGAAAACAAAAGAAAACACACACACAUGCACAUACAUACAUACAUACAUACAUGCGUACAUACAUACACACACAAAUUUGUAAAAUGUAAUUAGUAUUCAAAGGAAAGGAGGAAAAAACUUCAUUUGUUGGAAGCUAAAGUGUUCUAGCAACUGUAUAAAACUGUGGGGCAUGUCUCUUACUUCUAUAUUCUGUCAUGAAGAAGGGUCUCGGAAUUUUGUGAAGCUUUGAGUUGGUGGCUUCUUUGGCCUCAGGUGCUGUGUGAGGGGGGGAGAAGGGGAGAGCAUAUGCAAUGAAUUGUAAAGACCUCUGCUGUGCAGGUGCUAAGAUUAAUCACUAAAAGAGAGAGAAAGAGAUAUAUGUAAUGUACCUCUGACACUGCCAUUUUUCCUUGUGAGAGGAAAUGGACAUAGAUAAAGAAGAUAUUUCUUCGGUUAAGAUUUCUUUCCUCUUUAUGCUUAAUUCUUUGUGCUUCUUUUGACGCUCUGCUGGGGUUUGGGGGGUCGGGAGAGGCUGCAACAACACUGCAAUCUUACCCAUAUGGCUUCUUUACAUCUCAAUAAACUGAAGCUAAAGGAAAAUGGUCCAUAGGUGGGGUUGAGAGAACACAAACUGACACAACUAUCGAACAGUCAAUAACCUUAGAUAUUAGCUCUUUAAACUCCUUAGUUUAGAAAGGAGGGUCAAAGGAAAACAGCAUACUCAUGAAUAACCCCAUAAUAACUGCCCCAUAAGAGUUUGAAUCUGAUCUUCUAAUGCCCUUGCCAAUACACAUUCUUUCUCAACACUCCAAACACUUUGGUGUUUUCUGCUUCAAAAAUUUUUACCAAAGGGCAAAAGAUUUCUCUAUCCAAGAUUGUGUUUGAUGAUUGUUUGGUUUGUGUAAAGAAAAACUUUUCACCUACUUUCUCUAAAAGUAAAUAUAGUAUCAUAUUGUUCUGAAAUGUUUUCCUAGUAGAGAUAGUUUUAAUUUGAGUAUAGCCCAUGACUAAGUAAUACUAGUAUUAAUAGAAGUAUUGGAGAAUAUGGAGUAUAUAAGGCUUCCUACAUUAUUUGUUGUUGUUGUUGAGACAGGGUUCUCUGUACAGCCCUGGCUAUCCUGGAACUCACUCAUUAGAUCAGAGUGGCCUCGAACUCAGAAAUUUGUCUGCCUCUGCCUCCCAAGUGCUGGGAUUAAAGGGUGUGCCACAGCUGCCUAGCUACAAAUUUUUUUAAAUUUCUUUUGGAUUAAUUUAGAAUAUACAAGCACAGUUCACAUACUUCAAGGCUUUGCCACUCAUGUAUGAAGAGUAUAAACACUACAACUUCUUGUGAGGGAGUUGAGUGUAGUAGAAUGAGAGACUGAAGAAGGCAGGCUCAUCUCAAAGGUCUUCAGAAGAUUUGUGAGGACAAUGCUUACUAGCCUUAGGAGCUCAGCAUUUAGGUGGUACUUGCAAGAAGUAGUUCUCUGAUAUCUGGCUCCUCAUUUGUACAUUUGGAGUAAAAUGCAGAAUCAUCUAAGUGUACAGUAGAAAACAGAGGUUCUCCAGUCUGUGUCAUCAGUGUUCACUGAUUGUCUGGCUACACAAGAAAAUGCUUAGCUCUAUUUUCCAUAUUCCAUGAGUGCUGCUUUCACCAAAGAGAAGUAAUCAUUCCCAAUUCAGGUCAUGUUCUGAAAGCUAGCUGAUGAUUCCUCACCCCAGCACACUCUGACUUGACUUCUAUUAUGUGCUUUCAUACAUCCUUCAUAGUAUCUUUUUCUGCAGCCUAGAUGGCAUGUGUCCAACACACCUCUCCAUGACAGUUGAAAGUGAAAAUGGAGGGCUUCCAUUUACAAAAGGAGAAUUUUCUGGUUUAUUUAAAUGAAGGUCAGGGGAGAAAAAAUGUUUUUCCUAAAAUGGCAUAUUAAACUUUUAAUAUUCUCAUUUUGGGUAUGAAUUAGCAUAGAUUUACAUUUUGUGCUGACUAUAACAUAUUUGCAUAGGUUUUCAGACCUCAGCGUUUGAAAGAGUCUGUUGUUUAUGUAGUUGGGAAAUCUUUUAUGUCAUCGGAUUAUAGAGUAUCCCUAGAGCAUAAGCAGAUCCAGGCGCUCAUCAAACAAUCUUUAAGCAUCUAGUAAAUUAAUGAAAAUAUCAAAAAUAUAAAUAUUGUAAAAAAGAUUCAUGUUUUAUGUCAUGCAGUUAUAUAUAUAAAACAUAUAUAAACUUGCAGAGCAGCAAUAUGAGUGUCUUGAUACUCAUUGAGAGGAGCCUUGAGGUAGCUAUAACUCAGCUUGGCAGUCUGAAAAAUAAAGGCUCUAUAGAAAGAAUAGGUCUACUGUCACUAUUAGAAAAUGGCUCUAUAGAAAGACUAGGUCUACUGUCACUAUUAGAAAACGGCUCUAUAGAAAGAAUAGGUCUACUAUCACUAUUAGAAAACGCUUCCAAGUUAGACAAAUAAAAGGAACAUGAUGACAAGAUAAGGGUGAAAACAAAACACACAUAUGUAAAUAUAACCUUUAUAAAGCAAUUCAGGACUAGCCAUAAUAAUGACUUUUAAAAGUUUCAGGUUUUAAAUGAAACUUUUUCUAGAGGAGUGAGAGUUUUAAUUCUACAGGAAAAACAGAAACGACCAUCCACAAUAAUCAUGACCCAAACAAUUUUCAGACUGAUUACCCUCAGUUCAUUUUCUUUUCUCCUUUAUCUCCAACUUCCAAGGACUACCUCCUAACUCCUAAUUGAAAUCCUCUUGCAAGGUGCAGAGCUUGGAAAGUUGUUAGGCAGUCCUCAUCUUUACAAGUGUAGUGCCUCAUCCUCAUCACAAUGGCAUUAGGACCUUCAAUUAAAUGUCCAGUCUUCACCAAAGGUAUGUUUGGGAAGAGCCACUUCCCCUUCAUCUUGGAAAUAUCGAGUCAGUCAUUUCAUCUUGAAGAUACAUUCAGUGCUAGGUGUUGAAAGGUUAUAGAAUUAUAGGAAAUUUCAAGAGGAAAAAUUAAAUCACUAAAAUAUAUUCCACAUGAAGAGAAAAACACUUUGCAUUGAUGAUGCAAAACAAUACUGUAAGUUCUAUUGUCUCUUGCUUCAGUCCAACUCUGGGCCCUUUGACCUAAAAAUGUCUCUUCUAAAUGUAAGGAAGAGAAUCUGGAAGACUUUGAGUGGGAUUUUAAUUCAAUUAGUUUCUUACCAGUUUGAUGCAGCAACUGAGGACCUACAACCUCUGAUUAAUAUGCUGAUGCUAAGACACAGGAGUGAAGUGAAUGGCCAUUUGGAUAAGGCUUGGCAGCAAAGCAUGUCAUCACCAUGGAAACCACAGAAAACCAUUAAUUAGCUAUCAAAUAAAAUCAUUGGAAAAUUCUA